CAAUUGUAAGUGCCAGCUGGCAACGGCGCACACCAGACGGAAUAAUUUUUACCGCCAAGUUUUUUCUGUAACAAACAAACGAAAUUUCUUCUUUGAAAGGCAAAAUUUGCUCUAAGAUAAGUAUCAGCAUUGGAAGAGAAUUAUGGAGGAAGGUUUACGCUCAUUUUCUGAACGUAAUAACCGCAAUAUUACUAUAGUAUCGAAAGUACCUGAUGUUUGUCGUAACGAAGCCUGCGCUUUAGGAAUUGACGAAGCAGGGAGGGGACCAGUAUUGGGUCCCAUGGUAUAUGGAAUAACAUAUUGUCCAGAGUCUCGAGCAGAGGAGUUGAAAGCUAUAGGGUGUGCUGACUCCAAAACACUUUCAGAGGAUCAACGUGAAAAACUCUUUGAAAAACUAGAUUCACUUAAAGACUUUGUAGGAUGGGUUGUAGAAAUAAUAUCUCCAAAUUCAAUAUGCAAUAGCAUGUUCAAAAGGCUCAAGCACAGUCUAAAUGAGGUUUCUCAUGAUUCUGCAAUUGGACUCAUCAGGAAAGCACUAAGUUUAGGAGUAAAUGUCACUUCUGUUUUUGUUGACACUGUUGGUCCACCUGAGAAAUACCAAGCCAAGCUCUCAGCUAUUUUCCCAGAUAUCAAGAUAACUGUUUCCAAAAAGGCUGAUUCUCUCUUUCCAGUUGUCAGUGCGGCAAGUAUUUGUGCUAAAGUGGCACGUGAUAAAGCCUUGUCUAGUUGGCAGUUCAGAGAGUCUCCAUUUGUUGAUUUAAAAAAUACUGAAGACAUAAAAUGGGGAAGUGGCUAUCCAGGAGAUCCUACCACAAAAAAAUUUCUGGCCCAAAACAUUGAUCCAGUUUUUGGUUUCCCUCAACUUGUCAGAUUUUCUUGGUCAACUUCUGAUCAACUGUUAAAAUCCAAAGGUGUACCUGUAGAGUGGGAAGACACAGAAGAGCAAGAAAAUCAGGCAGUGUCGGUUAAGACAUUCUUCCAGAACUCAAGUAAAACGAAUACGCCAAGGAGACACCCAUAUUUUGCCGAUCGCAGACUGAAACCAGCAACUAAACUUGUUUGAAUACUAGUUGAUCGAAAGUAAUAAUAACUGAUUUUUCAUAA